UUUCCCCACCGACCACCCUCACAAGUCGUUCUGAAUAGUCAGUUUCAACCUUCUGUAAGCCUAACGUCGACUGUGAAAAGGAGUAACGGGGACCAUUCGUAACUGUUCGGUUAUUUCCGUAAGAACUGUUUUCGUUACGAAAAAGGGCGAACGUAAUCGGAUUUACGAUGUAACGUUCUGAGAAACAACUUUCACUUUCGAAUUAUUUUUUCCAGCUUAGAUCUCGAAGGUGGCAUGAACAUGAAAUCGAAAGCGUAAGGACCAUGUGACUAAGUGCAAUUUCUUUGUUACUGAAAAUCAUAACUAACAUUGAUUACGAGACACAGAGACUCCACCUCCUUAUACAGUGGACACUAAAAUGGAGAUCAAUGGAAGAGAACAUUUGAUGUACACGUCCCAGCAGGAAAUGUUGCCAUGUACGUCACGUCAUUAGGAAGUUUUUAUAUACAUCAGUGACGAACAGCUAGGGAACCGUUAUCUAGAGAAAAUAUGAAAAAUCGGGUUGUAUCAUGGUGUUUAGUAAUUUGUCACACACUUUCCAUGACUGUAAAGGCAGAUGGACAAGAAAAUGUUCAUUUUAAAAGCUUGCAGAAAUUUCAACAGUUUGAUGAGACACCUGCUCUUGCAUCUAAAUUGUGGUACUAUACCGAAUUCAGUGAACAUGAUCAUCAGGGCAUCAACCUACAAUGUCAACGUAAUACUGCAGCAAAAUCUCAGGAAACCAACAUUAUGUGGUCUAAAAAUGGAUCACCAAUAACUGCUAAUGAAAGAGUACAACUCCUCAAUAACAAUGAAAUAUUAUUUAUUGAUGACCCUCAAGUAAAGGACAAAGGCUGGUACAAUUGCUCCCUCUGGUAUCAAGGGACCAUCACUGACAGUUUUGCAAAGGAGAUUACAGUUGAUGAGAAAAUUCAAAUGACUGCUCCAAAAGUUGUCCAAGUGGAUCCAGUGAGUCGAGUGAAAUAUGUCAACCUUGGCGAAAGUUUCAACAUCAGCUGUACGUUUUAUGAAGGGAAUCCUAACAAAAACAACCCACUGGGAUUUACAUUGGAGAGAUACUGGUAUUUCAAUGAUACAGAAGUACCAUCUGACACUAAAAAGACAGCAUAUAUUGUGGGCAGUACUGAGAACCAGACCGAGUCUGUAUUGACCCUCACUGUGAACAAUGUCACGAAGGAGGAUUUAGGUAGCUACCAGUGUUUGGGAAGCAAUUACUUGGGAGCUGACCAUCAGAACAUCAGUGUAGAGUUAGCUAAAGCAGCUGAAGACAAAUCAGAGAUCAUGCCACUGUGGGUUAUUGUUAGUAUUGCUGCCGGGGCCUUUGUUAUUCUGCUUGUCACAUUAAUUGUCGGGAUAGUGAUAAGGCAGCGGCGCCAGGAGGAGUUAGAGUGGCCUGCCCCUGAUAUGGAGCAUUAUGAUGUGCCGGUGUGUGAGUUGGAGUAUGAUGUGUUCAUCUCCUACAGCAGUGAGGAUGAGGAGUGGGUGAAGGAUGAGCUCCUGAAGAACCUAGAAGCAGACGGUUACAAAGUGUACAUAGACUUCAAGGACUUCGUGCCAGGAAUGGCAAUUGCUGAAAAUGUAUUGGAUGCAGUUUACAAAAGCAGGAAGACAGUUAUAGUGAUGUCCAAGAAUUUUCUGAAGUCCAUGUGGGGGCAAUAUGAACUACAGCAGGCUCACAACAAAGCCAUUGUCAAGAGAGAUGAUGUACUGGUCUUGAUUAAGUAUGGAAAGUGUAAGGUACCAGGAAAACUGCUUGGAAAGACAUUCUUAGACUGGACAGAUAAGGAUGUGAAACCUCACUUUUGGAGCAGACUGGCAGACUUUUUGGGUAAGCCAGAAAAUUUCCGAAGCAGUCUGGAGUCGGAGGAAGAGAGGAAAAAAGAUCCAGCCACAGCCACCAUUGAUUUGAUAAGAAUGACUUCUGACUAUGACAGUGACUUUUUGGACUCUGAUGAUGUAUUCCUGUCCUCUGAGGGAGUGUUAGGGAUUCAGAGACAGAAUUUUACAGAAGAGAGUUUGUUGUCUCCUGGGACUCGUAAUAGAGUGAGUACGGAAACAAACUCCAGAGUCAGCUGUGACGAUGAAUCCAUGAAGUUGAUUCCUUAAAUGUGCAAAAUGCUUAUAUACCACUGUGAUAUUGAGGGAGAGGGUUUUAUGUAGCAUUUUUCUUUGUGUAUGCAGUUCAUUGAAAAAUCAGCCCCCCUUUUUUUGUCUAUUUGGAAUUAUUUUUUGUGUUGUACAUGUGUAUUGCAAAUCCCAGACAACUUUUAGCCACAUUGUUAUAACUUUUAAGGUUUUCACAGGUGCUUGACAUGAUGAAAAAAAAAAAUUACAUAAUACUGAAAAUUAAGGAAUAUUUUUUGUCAACUCCAACUGCAAUAUCUAUGGUAAAUCAAUCCAUGAUACAUUUUUGUAAAGUCAAAUUCCCACGAAAAUUCAAUACAUGUAUAGAACUUUCUAGCAGAAAAUGCUUGCACUUUACAACAAUUACAAAAAUUUUUACUGAACUGUAUUUAACAGUGUUUUGUACAAAUUGUAAAGUUUAUAAAGUACAAGUUCGUGAUUUCAGAGAGGAAGAAUACCUCUUUGUAGCAUUAUAUGAAUCAAUCUUACACAGGAAUACCAAUGUGAUAUAUUGGACAUUUUUCAAAAUGUUUUUCUAAUGAACCACAAGGGCAACAGCUUGUCAAAUAAAAUGCAAGCAUUCUCAUUGUGUAGAUAACAAUUUCAUUCAAACCAUGACCCCAGGGACAAACUACAGUAGAGGUUUGAAGUUUGAAUACUUAAAGUGCACGAGAACAAUUAGUCAAAUUACUAUGCAAGCAUCAUCAUGUAGUAUAGAUUUGUUCCAGUCAUAAUUCUUUAGGCCAGAGCAUUUGACACAAUGAGGAUUUAAAGUUUAUGUUGGAAUAUAUUACAAAAUUCUUUCUUCAAAAUUUUCUUCUCUUAAAUCACAAGAGUACAAGUUGUCUAAUUUUCAGACAUCUCCAUGUUGUGUUGAACCCUGACAAUCUGGGUCCCUUUUCAGUGGCAGGGUCAUGAAGGGAUUUUAUGUACAAGUGUGUGGUGUGGGCCUCUGGUGGAGCUGAUUUCAGUUUCAGUUUGCUUGUUUUAGAGUGUACUGUUUCAUUGUUUUCAAGGAGACAUAUUUUUAGGUCACCAGAGUUGCUCAAGUGACCUUUUGCUUUCUGUUUUUGUAGACGUGCGUCAGUCAUAAUUUUUUUUAACAUUUUCAGCUUCUUCACAUGAAUGGCUGAACCAAUUCUAAUGAAUUUUGGUAUAUAGUAUCUAUCGGUAAAGAGGAACAAAAAUUGUAAAUUUCAUGGACACUGCCUCCCUUGAGCCUGAGGGAUGGGGCCAAAACCUUAAAGACAUACGCGAUCUUCAAAAAAUUUCUUUAUUCGUGGAAAUGAAGCAGUUAAACUGUUUGCAUGAUUAUGAUAAGCAAUGAGCCCAUUUCCAAAAUUGUGAAAUUCAAGACCCUUGGGUUUAAGUUUCAGGCCCCAGGGUGGGAUGUUGGUGAUCAUAUAUUUUGAAAUGCAUGAUAUGAAUAACUUCUGUUUUCUGGACAUCAAAGAAGUAGUGUGUUUGCAUAAUUAUGGUCAUAUAUCGAAAACACAUUAUAUAUUAUAUCUUAGAAAAACUUCCUCUUCACAUCUGGAUAUCAAGGAAGCAGAACGCUUGCAUGAUUAUAAUGAGUAGUCAAGCCACUACCAAACUUGUGACAUUUGUGAGCCCAGAUUUAUAUGCAUCUAGAGGGUUUGUAAGUUCUUUAUGAAAGAAAUUUUUGAUAAAAAAUGACAAGUUGCCAUUUGCUUUGUUUAUUCUUAAAAGUUACGAUCAGCUUACGUGUACUAGUAUAGCACACGUAGAGUUACGCUUAUUUCUGAUGUAAAUCAACGUCUACGGCUGUUAGUGAAUACCGUCCUACACAUAAACAUUUGCUAUGUCUAGAUUUACUCUACGUUAACGUCCAUGAACUUUAGUAAAUAUGGGUCCAUGGCCCAGGGUUGGUCAAGUUGGUCGUAUAUGGAAAAUGCUAUCUUAGAAAAAUUUCUUUUUUACUUCUGGACAUCAGAGACGCAACAUUUUUGCAUUAUAAUGAUUAUUUAUGACAAUUUUUAUUUUUAUGACUCCAUGGUUCAGGUUCUAUUAUCAUUACAUGAGCUACAAUGUAACAUGCAUGGAGAUUUCUACUGAAUAUUCCUGAAGUAGGAGUUUGGGCCCUAUGGCAAAUUACCUAAUGAUAUGUUAGAUAUGUUUGUGUGUUAAUGAUUUCUAAAAUUUCAUGCACACAAGUCAUGAGCUUUGGAAAAUGUGAUGCAUGGUACUCAGGUGACUGUUGGGGCACAGAUGAGCUUUGUCACUUGUUAUAGGCAUUGUUGUUAACUUUCAUAUUUUCAUCUUCUCCAAAACCACGGUCAUUUCUAACAAAACUUGACACAAAGUAUCUUGGGUGAAGGUAAUUCAAAUUUGAUCAAAUCAAGUCGUGUCCCCUUCCUAGGAGAGAUGAUUAGGUAAUAAUGAACAUACAAUGGUGUCUUAUGAAAAUUUUCUCAAGAACCACAAAUUAAACCAAAUCUGGAACAAGGAUUUGUGGGUAAAGGGGAUUCAACUUUGUUCAAAUGAAGGGCCAUAUCUAUUUCCAAGCAGAGAGAAUUUCAAAGUAGUAAAAACCUGAUGGUGUUGUCCUUUCUAUUGCUAUGAGAGAUAGAAAGUAGUGAAAACAUGCUAUUGUCUCUUUAAAAUGUUUUCUUUGUAAAAUGUUUUUAAGAACCUAUAAAAUAGACAAUCAAAUUUUCUUUAUUAAAGCUUUCUUACAUAGUACAGAAACCCUGACCCCUACUAGAGUGGGGUCACAGCAGAAAUUAGAUGAGUACAAUUUGUCACAUGCCUCCUCAUGUACUUUAGAUUCUUUUUGAUUAAACCAUUAAGAUCUGGGCAGGACCAUAGUAGAAGUUUAAGGUUUUGUAUAGUAAUAAGUAGGAUUUAGAAAAAUCUUCUCAAGAACCACAGUUAGUGAAAUAGAUAUACAAGUGACUUCAUGCAUCAUUGAUUUAUUUUUAUUUGCAAGUGACCUUGUGUAGUGUUAAUUUGAUUGUCUUUGUACCAUCACCAGGGGGCAAGAGCAAGGCCAAGGUAGGAGUGCAAGGUGAACAUUGUGGUCUAUGGGUUGCUUGUUAUUCGAUGUCCCUAUGAUAUACGUUUAGGUAUUAUUUCCUCAUGGUGUGAUGUAUACAAAAGUAUUUUUUCAGUAAAACUUUAACUAGUUUAUUGAUUCUUAGAAUAAAUGUUGAAUGUAGUUCAAAUAUUGGUUUUAUAUAGAAAUGAUAAUCAAAAUUUUACAUAUUGAUAUUUUGUGAACAUUGUGGUUUGUCAAAAAUGUUCAAAUUUCAAACAGUGUUCAUUUGCAUUACUUACUUAUCAAUUUUAAGAACUAGAAUUUUACUACUCAUGUUUACUGUAGAAGUAAAUGGCAUUUUUCAAAAACAUUUUUUUUUUACCCAUUUUUUUAUAAUGAAUAUUACUUUUAUAGGAGUACCUUUUGAUAUGAAGGUUUAGUCCCUUUUUAAUAUGCUUUUGAAUGUUGACUGGGUAAUAUAUUUGCACAACUGGCAGAAUACUUAACUUUUUUAUAAUCAUGAUUUUCAUUCAAAUUAAAGGAAGGGUGGAGUGUAAAAAAUUGGAAGUAAGUACAUUUGUAUUUUAAAUUUUAUAAGCAUGAUUUGUUAGCCAUCAAAUUUUGAGUCAUUGUAUGAAAAAUCCAAUUUUUAUGUUGCAUUUUUAUUUUAAUUGUGUGGCUAUAAUGUGUUAUAUGUGCAAAAAAAUUAAAACCAAUGUCUACAUACAGUAUUUGUAAUAAAUUGAGAAGCAAAGUUUAUUCUGUAUUAGUUACUUGUAAAGUACACAUUCUGCUUUCUUUAAGUUACUUGUAAAGUGUACAUUCUAUUUUGAAUUCUUUAAGUUACUUUUAAAGUGUACGUUCUAUUUUAAAUUCUUUAAGUUACUUGUAAAGUGUACAUUCUAUUUUGAAUUCUUUAAGUUACUUGUAAAGUGUACAUUCUAUUUUAAAUUCUUUAAAUGUACAUUCUAUUUUAAAUUCUUUAAGUUACUUGUAAAAUGUACAUUCUAUUUUAAAUUCUUUAAGUUACUUGUAAAGUGUACAUUCUAUUUUAAAUUUUUUAAAGUUACUUCUAAAGUGUACAUUCUAAUUUAAAUUCUUGAAGUUACUUGUAAAGUGUACAUUCUAUUUUAAAUUCUUGAAGUUACUUGUAAAAUGUACAUUCUAUUUUAAAUUCUUGAAGUUACUUGUAAAGUGUACAUUCUAUUUUAAAUUCUUGAAGUUACUUGUAAAAUGUACAUUCUAUUUUAAAUUCUUGAAGUUACUUGUAAAGUGUACAUUCUAUUUUAAAUUCUUGAAGUUACUUGUAAAGUGUACAUUCUAUUUUAAAUUCUUGAAGUUACUUGUAAAGUGUACAUUCCACCUUCUUGUGAUGAUAAUAUACAAUAAACACACAGAAAAUUUC